GCUCUGAGCCGCAGCCUCUUACCUGUGCAGGUAGCUCGCAUUUCCAGGAGAGCGGCGGCGCCCGCAGCACCUGUCGCCCGGUGCGCGGGCCGGGAGGACGGCGGGGGACAUGGCCUAGUAGAGUCCCCUGGGGAGACCUUGCGGAGUUCAGUCCGGGACAGGGCAGGGCGAGGGAGGGCAGGUCCUUCCCCGGAGCUCGCGUGGCCUGCGGCAGCAUGAAAAAGAACCAGACGGUGCAGGGCACCUUCAGCAAGCUCUUCGGGAAGAAGCACGCCAACCCCGCCGCCACCUCCCUCUACGCCACCAACCCCCCGUGGAUUUUCACCCAAGAAGCCCCGGAGGAGGGGACCAGGGAUUUUGAUGGGAUCUAUUAUGGAGACCAUCGGUUCGACACGGUGAGCGAGUCGGGAACAGCCACACUGAAAGCUCGACCGAGAGUCCGGCCCCUGCUGACCUUCCUCCCACUGAAUGCCCAGGAGAGCCAUGGGCUGGCUGUGCCCACCCCUUCUGUCCCAGAAGACUUUGCAGACAAAGAAGUGACAGGUACCAGCUCACUGGUCAAUGGCAACCUCCGACUGUACAGCUCUGUGGGUGACCUGAGGCCUGAGCACUAUGGCCUUAAUCUACUCAUCCCCCCACCUCCCCCAGGCCCAGCCCCUGGGCCACCCCAGGACAUUUCACAACCUCCAGGGGAGGCUCCACCACUGCCUCCACCUUUCACAGCUCCCCUACCACCUCCUCUGCGGCAGGAAUCCCCACCCCCACCCCCACCCAGCACGGCCCCACCUCCACCUCCAGUACUGGACACCCUAUCCCCCCUACCCGCUCUUUCCCCGCCCUCCACUCCCACCCCUCCUGACUUCAUUCCCCCUGCCCCACCACUGGCCUUUCUAGCCCCUCCGCCACCCUCCUUGCCGGCCCCUGCACCCCCAGCUCCAGUGUCUCCUCAUGCGAUGGGGACUCGUCACUUUCCCCCUGGGGGUGUCACCAAGUGGAAAUCAGAGGUAGCACUGAAUGGCAGGCAGUCAGAGGCCCCUAGAACCAGUCCCCCCAGGAGCCCUGCUGAGCUAAAAAGGUGCCAAAUGGGACCUAACCCAGAGCCCCACCUCACCUUCCCCCGUUCAUUCAAAGUGCCUCCCCCAACCCCAGUCAGGACCUCAUCUAUCCCUAUUCAGGAAGCACAAGGGGCUCCCCCAGAGGAAGAGGGGGCUACCAAGAAGGCCCCCAGCCGCUUUCCACUGCCUCCUAGCUUCCACAUUCGUCCCGCGUCCCAGGUCUACCCAGACAGAGUCCCUGAGCCAGACCCCCCCAAGGAGCUCAGGGCAGAGGCACCAGCACCAGACAGCCCAAGGCUCAGCCAGCCAGCAACCAAGGAACAAGCAGGGACUCUACCCCCAGCCCCUCCCCUACCCCCUCCUGCACCCCCCCUCCCUCCCCCUGCACCUCCCCUUCCUCCAGGGGCUUCUCCUUUGCCUUCUGCUGGGCAGGCAGCCCCUCCACCUUUCAGGUUUACCAAAAGCCCUAAAUCCAGCUCACCUGCUCUCAAACCCAAGCCCAGACCCCCCAGCCCGCAGGACACCUCCUCUUCAGAACCUGUGGACUGGCGGGAUCCCAGCCAGAUGGAAAAGCUGCGGAGUGAGCUGGCAGCCUAUCUCUGUGGCUCCAGGAGUCACAAGCCAGGCCCCAAUGUGGCCUCUCAGGACAAAGAGGGCAAGAAGGGCCUCAGUCAGCUAGAGGAGGCAGCCCCCACCAGCCUGCCAGAGAAACCCCCCUUAGGCACUCCUGAGAAGAGUCCCUGUAGCAGCAGUGUGCCCCUGCCCCCAGUGGACUACAUCCCCCAAGAUGCACCAACCCCCAGUGUUCGGCAAAUCCGGAAUGAGCUGGAGGCCAGGCUGUCCUCAGCUGCAGACAAGGAGACCAAGCCCAGCAUCACAUCUCUACCACCUAAACCUCGGCUGGAAGGGGGAAGAAUUUUUGAAAAUGGGACUGUUAAUGGCAAAUUCUCCAAGCCUGUACCCAAGAAUCCACCAGCUCUAUCCACCAUGCCUCUUCCAGCCACAUCACUCCAAUCCAAAGACACACCUGUGCAGGCCACACCACCCAAGGCCACACCUGGGCCAGCCACACCACCCAAGGCCACAUCUGGGCCAGCCACACCACCCAAGGCCACAUCUGGGCUGACCACACCUGAAUCAGCCACACCACCCAAGGCCACAUCUGGGCUGACCACACCUGAACCAGCCACACCACCCAAGGCCACACCUGGGCUGACCACACCUGAACCAGCCACACCACCCAAGGCCACACCUGGGCUGACCACACCUGAACCAGCCACACCAACCAAGGUCACACCUGGGCUGACCACACCUGAGCCAGCCAUACCACCCAAGGCCACACCUGAGCCGACCAUAUCAUCUGCAGCCACAACUCUGCCUAUUAGGUCAUCCCAACUGAUGGCAGAAAAGGAGAAGACAGAAUCUCAAGAGAGUAUAGUAUCCUCCCAGCCAGAAGCCAAGGAGCCCAUAUCAGAGGCCAAUAGGCUGCCCACACCAGAAGCCCCCUCUUCUCCAGCCCUUCUACCAAAGAUGUCCCCUAACCCAGAAGAAGUGCCAUUUCUCUACAAGCCCCAUCGCAGCCAAAACAGCCCUAGCCGCGAGGUUGCUGUGGUGAUGCCUACGCUGGCCAGAGGAGGGGCAGCAGAGUCAGAAGAGAAGGAGCCCCAGGGCCUGCCAGUCAAACCCCCUGCCCCAACCCCGCCUGCUGACCAACUCCUCCGACACCCAGUGACUGGGGAGGUGGUGGAACAGGGCUCCCCCAUGGCCCUGCUCUUGGCAGCCAGGCAGAGAGCACAGAAGGGGAGGUCUGGAGGGGCAGCCCUGGGGCGGUCUUCCCUGCCUGGGAGUCUCCGGGGCCACAGGAGCCAUCCUGAGGCUAGCUCCGACAGCAUCUUCUACAGCGAUGGCCGGCCCAACUCCUUCACUGUGGUUCCCAAGUUACCCAAGGACGCUGAGAAGGACUCCCAGCUGACCUCGGCUGCACCGCCCAUGGCACCCAGUCAGUGGAAGCCCCCGCAGGGAAGAGACCAAGAGCCAAUCCAUCGUCCCAUGUGGACCAAGGCAGAGCCCCGAGUCCCUGUGGCCUGGGAAAGACCAGCUCCCUCCAACCUCUCCCAUGGUCGCCUGCUGCCCAAGUCCUCCUCCUCUCCACCCUCUCCUUCCUACAGGAGGAAGGAGGAGGAAGAGGAACCAGAAUUCAGCUUUGAGGUCAUCCCACCGCCGCCAGAGUUCAGCAAUGACCCCGAGCCCCCCGCCCCGGCCCCGGCCCUCCAGUACGUGGGCUACCGGGGGUCCCCAGCACGGAACAACUUUUCAGACUUGGGGCAGCCCCUGGACGCGGCCCCGCGGGCUCGUGGCUUCUCGCGCUUUCCCGGUGCGCUCUACUCCGGGGCCGGGGGCCUGGAGCGCUUUUCGGGCGGGAGCCGUUCGCUCAUCAAGAAGCGCCUGUACGUCGGGGAGCCUCCCCGCAACCCCGGGCUGCCCCGUGGCGCCCCCGGCCGCAGCCUGAGCACUCCCAACUGCUUCGGACCGGCGCCCGGAGGGCCCUUCGGGGCGCCCGGAGGCCCGGAGAUGCGGCGCGUCAACUCCGCGGGCCGCGCGCCCCCCGGCGGCUUGCACGCGCGCAGGCUGUCCCAGGAGGGCGCUGCCCGGGGCGCCGCGGAGGCCAAGUACAAAGCGCCGAGUGGCGGAGGCAGCGGAGGCGGCGGCGCAGACUACAGCUUCGUCCCUGCUACGGGCAGAUCUCCUCACAACACCUCCCAUUAUGGAAGCCCCAUCAAUACAUUCACCGUGAGGCCUGGAACCCGUCAUCCCAUCUCCUAUGCCUACUCAGGAGCUCACCGCAAGGCCACAUCCUGAGCCCAGAUUUCUUUCAGCUCUACUCCAAGGGGUUGGAUCUGCGCACUUGUUUCUGUGGGGGGUGGGAGGGUUGCAGCAGGUAUUAGCCUGACUCAGAUAUGGAGGAGUCUGGCUCCCUGAGGACCCUCGAACAAAUGAGCGAGAAGCAGUGGCCUAAGGAAGACUGAGUGGGCUUCUGUUUUCCCGGAGCACCGGAGCUGCUAUGAACUGUAUGCAGAUGGGGGGUGGGAGGGGCAAAGGCGGAGGAGAGGAGAAUGUUCAGGGCCUGGGCGCUGAGUUUCCGUUAUCUGGUACUAUCUGCUUUAGCAAGAUUUAUUUAAAGCAGUUUUACAAGCAUGGCCUAUGAAACAGGUCCUAGAAGCAAAGGAUGGGUGCUUACUCAUGGGAUGCCUCACAAAGGGCUGAGGACCAUCCCUGUUGGGGUGGGUGCAGGUCACUAUAGGUAGAUCUCUUUAGCCUCCACCUGUUGCCACCAAGAGGUGAUACCUGGGGUUCCUAGCUGCACGGAGGCAGACCAAUACUAUGCAUGCACAACAUAUGGAGAAGGUGAUGGAAUAGAAGCCUUUUGCAUUGACCAAGGCCACAGACAGGUUAAUUUCUCCUUGACCCUGGCCCUUAGCUACAGGGAGAUCCACAGAGAAAAGACUCGGCAGUUGACAGGAUCACAUCUUGAUUUUUUUUUUUAAUUCAGACCCAUGCAUCCCUGAUUUGGGGGAGCAUGCCCAAGGAGCCAAAAGAUCCAGGACUCAACACCAGAGGUCCUACAUGGCCUGGUUUCAUAUGAGAUAUGGAAGGGUCAUUAGUUCUAACCCCAAUACAUCACCAAUAUCAUUGAUGCCUUAAAAUGUGUAGAAGACUCUGGAAGGCCUUGGAGAGUAGAGACUCAAGAGAAGUUUAUUGUUGAUGGGGAAAUAGGUUUCGGAACAUUAAGAGUGGUAGGACUGGGCCAGUCUAGAGCAGGUGAAACUACAGUAGGGUAAGCAUUGGUCCUUUGCCUGGGCAGUCCAGGUUUAUGCCUGUUUCCAUGAAUUAGGCCCUUUGUAUUUUUUAAAAAGUUCCUAUCUUCAGGUCAAGUUCAGCUGAAUACCUGGGACCAGGCCAAGGCUGCCUGUCUAAGUAAGAAGGAGGGCAGGGGAGUGACCCACCUCAUAGGAGCAGGCCAGUAGGGGGCCGCCAGAAAGCUCCCUUUGGAAGUUGACUCUUUUGAUCUAUGGUCACUAGCUGAGGUACUGGGUUGCAGCAACAGCAGUCAAUCACUUCAAGGAAAGAAAGUGCAAGGAAGGUGGGCACCCAGGUGACUAAGGCCAGCCACUCUAAUAGAGCAAGUUCUGGUUACUUGUGUUCAGGCAACAAAUCCCAUCCCAAUACCAGCACUGGCUCUAUAAAUAUGUAUGUAUUUCCUCUACGCAAUGUUUUAUAAAAGAGUUCAUUCACUAAUUUAUCUGCUACAUUAAGGCUUGAGGAGUAGGGUGUGGACUCCCAGCUGUAGACUGCUCUGGGAUGGGUGGAGAAGGGCUUGGUCUUAGUUGGCUUGGGAAAUAAACAGGCCAGUUUGGAUUGGCCUCCAGCUCUGUG